UCGGUUUCUUUAAUGCUUGGAAAAACUUUACAUUCGUUACCCGCAGCACACGCCCCUUUCUCAUUCCCUUGCUACAAAGUACCACAAUAGAAGACCAAUCAGCGCCGCGAUUCACAGUUCUAGACCAAUCACAUCGCGAGAUUUCGCUGUUCCGCUUUCCCUGAAAUUCUUUGCUGAUCCGACUUGAGACUGAGAGAAUUCAAGAUGGCUGUCUCAGGCUCCAGAUGAGGGCUUCCUCCUGCUUUGCCCUGGUGUGUAAAUCUUUCUUGCGGCUGACUUGAGUGUCAGUGCUGCCAGUCCCUCACUGCCCCUUUGGAGACAGCAUGUCCAACACCUCCUCCUGUUCCUCCUCGGGGGAAACCAGCCCGGAUGACACGCCCCGAGGUGGGGGCACCAUCCGUGUCUACCUCCCCAACAAGCAGCGGACAGUGGUAAAUGUUCGGCCUGGGCAAACUGUCUAUGAUAGUCUAGAUAAAGCCCUGAAAGUCAGAGGCCUAAGCCAGGAUUGCUGUGCUGUCUUUCGCCUUCUUGAAGGCCGGAAGAGACUUACAGAAUGGGACACUGACAUCACACCCCUCGUAGGGGAAGAGCUUCUGGUAGAAGUGCUGGAUGAUGUUCCCCUUACAAUGCACAACUUCGUACGGAAAACAUUCUUUAAGUUAGCAUACUGUGACUUCUGCCACAAGUUCUUGUUCAACGGCUUCAGGUGUCAGACAUGUGGGUAUAAAUUUCACCAGCACUGCAGCAGUAAAGUCCCCACAGUAUGUGUGGACAUGGACACCAUGACAAAACGGUGUCUUCCUAAUACAGAAGACUGCCCUUCGAUAUUGAUAUAUCCGGCCACCAAUUCCAUAUCACAGAGCGACAUGCCUUUAACCUCAGAUUCUCAUGGAGAGGACCUGCUGUCUUCUGGGUCAAACUACCGUUUGAUCAUUCGAGGAGAGGAUGGUCAGUCUCUUCAGAGGCAUCGCUCCACCUCAACCCCCAACGUCCACAUGGUCAGCACGCUGGAGCCUGGUGCUGCUGGCCUCUUGGAGGAGCCAUUCAAAAUCUUCCCAAUGGAUUCUUCUCCCAAGCCUUCCACUAGCCCACCCCACCUAGGGUCACCAGGAAGAAAACCCCACAAAUCCCCUUCCGAGCCCAAGGAGCGAAAGCAAUCCUCAUCUGAUGAUAAAAAGAAAGUGCACCGGGGAGGUUACAGAGACUCCAGUUACUACUGGGAGGUGCACUCGCGGGAGGUGUCCAUGUUAAAAAGGAUUGGAGCAGGUUCUUUUGGGACCGUUUAUAAAGGAAAGUGGCAUGGAGAUGUGGCUAUCAAGAUUCUUAAAGUGACAGAGCCCACACCGGAGCAGCUCCAGGCCUUUAAAAAUGAGAUGCAGGUUUUACGAAAAACACGCCACGUCAACAUUCUGCUGUUCAUGGGCUUCAUGACGAAGCCAAAUUUUGCCAUUAUCACGCAGUGGUGUGAAGGCAGCAGCCUGUACCGCCACCUGCAUGUUACUGAGACCAAGUUUGACACCAUGCGCCGUAUUGAUGUUGCUCGCCAGACUGCACAGGGCAUGGAUUAUCUUCACGCCAAGAAUAUCAUUCAUCGGGACUUGAAAUCUAAUAAUAUCUUCCUGCACGAAGGCUGGACGGUAAAGAUCGGUGACUUUGGGCUGGCCACGGUAAAGUCUCGCUGGAGUGGCUCUCAGCAGGUCGAACAACCCAGUGGCUCCAUCCUGUGGAUGGCCCCUGAGGUGAUCAGAAUGCAAGACACUAACCCAUACACCUUCCAGUCAGAUGUAUAUGGAUAUGGAGUGGUGCUCUAUGAACUGAUGUCUGGGACUUUGCCUUAUUCAAAUAUCAACAACCGCGAUCAGAUUAUUUUCAUGGUGGGUCGUGGGUACUUGUCUCCAGACCUCAGUAAAUUAUACAGUAACUGCCCUAAAUCAAUGAAGAGGCUCAUCAUCGACUGUCUGAAAUUCAAACGGGACGAGCGGCCUCUUUUCCCACAGAUCUUGGUAGGGAUCGAGCAGGUCCAGGAUCUGUUGCCAAAAAUCGAGCGGAGUGCCUCUGAGCCGUCUCUACACCGUGCUGUACACGCCGAGGACCUGAACCCGCUUCUCCUUCACACCACGCGCUUCCUGUGAGACUCUCGGAGAUGAUUCGCUCUUCCCCCGUAUGCCGUGCAGCAUCGUUCCCAGCAUGGAAUCCUGAGUUCCUCUCAUUAUUCCACACAUUCCUGAAAGCACCCUAAUUAUUUCAUUGGUCCUACAUAUAGUCAAACACGCAUCAAGUUUAUCAACUUAUUCAUGCUACAGUUCUUGUCUUUUGUGUUUUUUGGUUCCGGCUGCUCGUCUGUAAAGCUGCCUGUAGAGAAUGUCACACUCUUUCUGGACCAGCUGCUUUCUAAAACUGAAGCAUGAAAUAAACAUGCUCUCUUACUACACUUAUUGGAUUUUGAAAUCCAAGCAUCAUAUCGGCAAUGUAUCGGCACAAUCUUAAUAUAACCUCCUUUUUUGAGGUAUAUUUUAAAAUGUGUUCUGGUGGCUUACACAUUACCUUUUUUUUACUUUGAGUACUUUUUAUUCCCACAGAACAAGCAAACCAGCAUGGAGAUUGUUUCUUUUUUUCCUCUCUCUCUCUCUGCCUGUUCUCUUUGCUUGAACUUCAUUGUCCAGAGAUAGCACACUGUGAUGGUUCCAUUCAUCUACAUUAGUCACAGAAAAUCUCUGCUCACACAUUGGUUUGCAGGCACUUGGUUUUAGUUCACAAUUACAAUCAUGUGAGUUCAUGGUCAUAAACCCAUUAUAAUUUUUCUGCCGUCUUUUAAUUCCGUUAUUUUUCAGAUGGGAAAUCUGGUGUCAGAUUAGGUUGGAUGUACAUGUGAUCUUAAUAAUUGUGCUGUGCAUUUGUGAUAUUUAAAAACAAAAUCCUUUUAUUUGGCUUUA